GGCGCGGAGGGGCGGGGCGGGGGGGACGUGGAGGCGCUGUGGAGGAGCUGGAGCCCCCCCCCCACCUGUCUCGGCCGCUCCCAGAGCCCACGUCAUCGUCCCCAGCGGGGGGUGGGUGUGUGUGUCUCUGUUGGGGUGGGGGCUUCACUCGCCGCCCCCUCCCCAUCUGAUUCACCCCCAAAAUGAAAUAGGGCCCCUUGCUCUGCGCGGGGUGGGCUGGCGCUGAAUGGCCCCCCCGUUAAAAUGCUGGCCCCCCCCUGAAGCGAAGCGUACCCCGACGUCACCCGCGUUGGGGGGGAUCCCGCCAUGGGAGACGUGGACGAGAGGCUGGUUUGGGGGACAGACGGAGGGGACGGACGUCGGACGCCUCCCGGGCAGCUGGGGGUCCCCCCGGGGGCGGAGGAGGAUGAGGCGGGGGCGGCCGUUUCAGGGGGGCCGUGUGACGGCGAGGACGCCAGGACACCCCCUAAAGUGGUAGGAGAGGAGGAGGAGGAGGAGGAGGAAGAGCUGGACCCCAGGAUACAGGAGGAGCUGGAGCAUCUCAACCAGGCCAACGAGGAGAUCAACCGGGUGGAGCUCCAGCUGGAUGAAGCCCGUACCGCGUAUCGCCGCAUCCUUUCCGAGUCCGCCAGGAAACUCAACGCCCAGGGCUCCCAGUUGGGCAACUGCAUCGAGAAAGCUCGACCCUACUACGAAGCCCGGCGCCUCGCCAAGGAGGCUCAACAGGAGACGCAGAAAGCGGCGCUGCGGUACGAGCGAGCCGUCAGCAUGCACAACGCCGCUCGCGAGAUGGUCUUCGUGGCGGAGCAGGGGGUCAUGGCCGACAAAAACCGCUUGGAUCCCACCUGGCAGGAGAUGCUCAACCACGCUACUUGCAAAGUAAACGAGGCGGAGGAAGAGCGGCUGCGGAGCGAGCGGGAGCACCAACGCGUCACCCAGCUGUGUCAGCAGGCCGAAGCCAAGGUCCAGGCCCUCCAGAAGUCCCUCAAACGCGUCAUCGUUAAGAGCAAGCCUUAUUUCGAGCUGAAAGCCCAGUUCAACCAGAUCCUCGAGGAGCACAAGGCCAAGGUGACGGCGCUGGAGCGGUUGGUGUCGCAAGCCAAAACGCGUUACUCGGUGGCCCUGAGGAACCUGGAACAGAUCAGCGAGCAGAUCCACGCUCGACGCCUCCAACGCCUCAUCGUUCGUCGAGCUUCGCCCGUGGGAGCCGAAGCCAGUCCCCAACACGCCGGUACCGAGGUGGGGGUGACAGGAGGGACACAUUUGGGGGCCGAAUGCCCCCCAGCCGACACGCUUUCGGUGCUCAGCCUUCAAACUAUCGCCUCCGACCUGCAGAAGUUCGACUCGGUCGAACAUUUAUUGGGCUUGUCGGACGCUACCAGCCUCAACAGCGACGAGCUGGAGGAACGGGAGCAACGCCGGGGAGGGCAGGGUCACUUCAAACAUCACCGAAGCAUCAGCCUUUAACCACGCCCCCCCCCCCACCCCCGAGUCCCCCCAGUAGCUUCUCCCCCUCCUUGGGGAACCCCAAAAAGAUGGCGCGGGGUCAGCGGGUGCUGCCAUUAUCUCCCGCUGCAGGGUUGGGGGGAGGACGGAGCCGACGGGGCGACGCUUGGAAGCCCCUUAUUGACAAAGAUGACGCUGUUGGGGACCAAAAUUUGGGGGUUUUGGGGGGGGGGGGGGGUUCACCCCUCCGAAUUCGUUGGCUGAAGUGUGUGUGCGUGGGGCGGGGGGCGUCGGUGGGAGCCGUGCCCGGCGUUGGGCUACGGAGUGGAGCUGCCCGUUGGGUGUUGGCAGCGAGCGGCUGGGUGGGCGAAGCCGAUAAGUCGCGGCCCCUCCUCGGCGCAAGGAGCUGCACCCCUAAAACACUCAUGGGGGGGUGGGGGGGGUGGGGGUGCCCCCCUCCUUUCACCCCAGUGCCCACCCCCCCAUUUUCAUAUUAUUGGGGGUUAUUUUCCCCCUUUUUCCAGCAAAAGGUGAGGCAGAAGCCAAAUUGCACUAACGGUGGGGGUGGGGGGGGGGGCCCCCGUAGCUGUUUUGGGGUGCGGGGUGAGGGGGGCCGCGGCCGUGCCGGGGCUGUGAUGAGAACCACGCGUGUUCGAGGCAGCCCCGGGGGGGGGGUUGGGGGGCGGUUGGAGUGUAUUUUCUGGUGAGUAAAAUUUAUCCCUCCCCCUCCCCUUCCACGUGGUUUUAUUCCCUCAGUUUCACCCCGGGUACCCCCCAAAAUAAACCCCCCAAACCCCUCCCGACGACGACACCCCAGCUCGAAGCCUCGCGGUGGGGUGACGGCUUCGGCAAGGGGGUCGUCGCGGCUCUGCGGCGGCGAUUUUUGCUUCCCGAGGUUUUAAAUAAAUCCGUCACGGGGACGGGAUCGAGUCCUUGGAGCUUGAAAAACCAAGUCAAUAACCCCAGGUAUUAUUAACAGGAAUAAAAAUCACUAUUAUUAGUAAUUACCUUAA